UUUCAACAGCAGCAACAGUUAGUCAGAUACCUCGGUAGCUUGAUAGACAAAAUAGACGAACCAAUAAAGCUCUGUAGACGCUUUCGUGUAUAUUAGCCACUGUGUUUUAAAACCACUUCUGUCGUCUUGUUAGUUAUCCCAUUUAAUUUCCUAUUUACGGUGUUGUUAUUCGUCAGCUAGCGGGCUGGUUAAGUAAGCAUUAGCCUAGCUAGCUAACAUCUCCGACCAUGAGUUCACUAAGCUACUCUCUUUCUGCUAAAGAAGAGGAGGUCUGCUGGACGGAGAAAGAAGUUAUCGUGAAAAAGGAGGAGGAAGAGGAGGCUGUUACAAUACAGAAACAAGUAGAGGGUGAGGCUGUUACCGUGAAGGAAGAAGAGAAAGACGUUUCAGUGAAAGAAGAGGAAGACGAGUUCAGAGUGAAAGAGGAGGAGGAGGGGGAGAUGACUGUUACAUCGAAAAAGGAGGAGGAAACUGAAUAUCUGGGCCCGGUUUCCCAAAAGCAACUCAAGGCGUCCAAUGGUUCUAAUGAUGAACUUAGCCGUAAGAUGGUUUUGAGAAACCGUUCCCUGAUUAACACUAGAGAGAGACCUGACUAUCAGGGAUCAUCUGGAGAGCCUCAACAACAUCAUGAAGCUGACGAGGCAGAUGAGAGUCCCCCCAGAUCAGAACACCUCAAGAAACACCAGCGGAAACCCACAAGGAAGAAAUCUCACCACUGCUCUGACUGUGGGAAGAGAUUCACCUCUUCAGCAGACCUUAAAAGACAUCAGAGAAUCCACACGGGAGAGAAACCGAAUAGCUGUAAUCAAUGUGGGAAGAGUUUUAGUGUUACAAGCAGCCUGAAAGCACACCAGAAAACACACACAAGAGAGAAAUCUUAUAGUUGUGAUCAAUGUGGGAAGAGUUUUGUUACAUCUAGCAUUCUGACUACACACCAGAGAACACACACAGGAGAGAAACCUUAUAGCUGUGAUCGGUGUGGGAAGAGUUUUACUACAUCUAACCAGCUGACUAUACACCAGAGAAUACACACAGGAGAGAAACCUUACCACUGCUCUGACUGUGGAACAAGUUUUGUUUCUUCCCAAUAUUUAAAAUCACACAAGAGAACACACACAAUAGCGAAACCUUACCACUGCUCUGACUGUGGAAGGAGUUUUGUUUCUUCACAAUAUUUAAAAUCACACCAGAAAACACACACAGGAGAGAAGCCUUAUAGCUGUGAUCAAUGUGGGAAGAGAUUUAGUCACUCAAGCAACCUGAUGGUGCAUUUGAGAACGCACACUGGAGAGAAACCUUAUUGCUGUGAUCAAUGUGGCAAGAGUUUUACUUCAUUUAGCCAGCUGACUAUACACCAGAGAACACACACAGGAGAGAAACCUUACCACUGCUCUGACUGUGGAAAGAGUUUUGUUUCGUCCCAGAAUUUAAAAUCACACCAGAAAACACACACAGGAGAGAAACCUUAUAGCUGUGAUCAAUGUGGGAGGAGUUUUACUCACUCAAGGAACAUGAUAUCACACCAGAGAACACACACAGGAUAGAAAUCUUGUGUCUAUAAUCAAUGCAAGUUCGAAUCCCAGAGCUGACAUGGUACAAAUCUGUCAUUCUGCCCCUGAACAGGCAAUUAACUCACUGUUCCUAGGCCGUCAUUGAAAAUAAGAAUUUAUUCAUAACUGGCUUGCCUAGUUAAAUAAAGGUGAAAUUAAAUACACGUUUUGAAAGAGUUUUACUCAGGCAAACAUCCUGAUAGCCCACCAAAGAACACACACAGGAGAGAAACCUCAUAGCUGUGAUCAAUGUGGGAAGGGAGACUCUGAUAAAAGAUCUCUGAUUAAACAUCAGAAAAUACAUGGAGUUGUUUCAUGAUAUCAAUGAAAUGAUGUCACAAUGUAGAAUGUUUUAACAUUGUAGUAGGAGUGUUCUAAUGAUGUCAUAAUGUAGAAUGCUUUAACAUUGUAGUAUGAGUAUUCUAAUGAUGUCAUAAUGUAGAACCCUAAAUGUUUGCCCCCUGUUCUGUUGAUUUCAGCAUGAUAUGGAUAUUAGCCACAUUGAGAAAAGAACAGGCUCUGAAUUGAAAGAGUAGUAUUUAUAUGAUUAACAUAAACGCAAAUAAAGUGUUGCGUUUCACUUCCCGCGUUACUUGAAUCAAACUGACACACUUUAAAAUGUAGCUAGCUGUUUUCUACAAAUUAACCUCUAAACAGUGAUGUUCACAUUAUUCCCACAUUCCGUGUGUUGUUUGAGCUGUUUUAACAGGACAUGAAACCUCAUCUCUCCCCUCUCGCGCAAUUGAUUUCAACGUGAUAUCGAUAUGAGUGAUGCUGAAUAGGUGUUGCGUUUCUCUUAGUUUUGGGGACCCCUAAAUUUAAAUGCAUCACUCCAAAAUGUAGCUGACUGUCUUCUGCAGGUUGUCCUCUAACCAGUGAGGUAAAAGAUAUCUCCCAUUUCCAUGUGUUUGUUUAAGUUGUGUUAGUUUCAACAGCACUUACAACCUGAUUUCCCCCCCUAAUUGAUAUCAGUGAUGUAUUUGCUACUUGUCAAAACAACAGCGUUGUUGGUACUUGUGCAGUUUAUAAGGUGCUCGUUUAAAAAAAAUACAAGAGAUGUGAUUAACAUGUGGAACAUGUUUGUUUCGAUAGUAAAUGUUAUGUUUUAGUUUCAAUGUAUCACAAACUGUUUCUGCAUAUUGGUUAUUGUUUUUUACACGUUAAAUUUGUUUCAAAAUGUUGUUGAAAAGACGUUGAAAAUAAGACUAUGCCCGACGUCCAAUCUACGUUCGGUUUUGGUUGAAAGUCGAAAAAACUGUUUUCAGGUGAUCGUUUCAAUGAAAACAAAAAACUCCAUAUCAACGUACUUGCUGCCUAUACAUAUGGAUGCAGUAUAAUUUAAAAAAAACUUGAACCAUCUUGUGAACCAUUUUUUUAAACAAUCAUACAUCACUCCAAUAUUUACACACAGUAUUUCUUUACAGAAU